AAAACAAGUACGUAUCGAUUGUGUAUCGUACAUGUACAUAUGUAGUUUGAUUGUUAUUCCUUCUGCUUGGAAGUCAUCACUACUUGUGUUGGUGUAUUCUUCCACUGCUCCAGCGUCAUGGCCGAGAGUGGAGAAGUGUUGUUCUCUAGUUGGCAUGCAGCCCGUGACCAACUCAGAAAAUGGAGAGAAGAAGGAUCAAAACAGAGUGAGAGGGUGUUGGCGUUAGGUCAGGACCUGAUCACUGAACAAGGAACGAAACUGGGAGACGAACUAUGGACAGUUUACGAACAAGUCUUUAUUGCUGCAUUGGACUGUAAGCAAAAUGUACUGGCCACGGCGUAUCUGAGAGAGCUAUCCAGGAAAUUCCCAGGGAGCAAGCGUGUAGCUCUACUGCGUGGCAUGAGCCUGGAAGCACUUCAGCUGUACGAUGAGGCUGAUAAGCUGUAUGCAGAGCUGUUGGAACAUGAGCCGGCCAAUUCCGGUGUUCACAAGCGGCGUUUAGCGAUUAUGAAGGCGCAGGGACAAACGUUCGAGCUUGCAACUGGUCUAACCAAGUAUGUGCAGGACUUCAGAGCCGAUCACGAUGCGUGGUUGGAACUCGCCGACGUGUACAUUGGCAACCAGGAGUAUGGUAAAGCUGCAUUCUGUGUGGAGGAAGUUAUCAUGGCCAAUCCUCAUCACCACCUCUAUCACCUGCGCUAUGCUGAAAUCCGGCAGACGAUGGGUGGUGUGGAAAACUUGGAAAUCGCAAGAAAGUACUACUCACAAGCUGUCAACCUCCACGCAACAAGUGUGCGUGCGCUGACUGGCCUUUGUCUUGUUUGCUCCUCGCUGGCAUCAAUGGCAAAAGGCCCGUCAAGUAAGUCAAAGAAGGAUAGCCAGCGCCUUUUUUCAUGGGCGUCAGAGCGCCUGAUAUCGGUCUAUGAGAAUCAGGGAGCAUCCGAGUGCCAACUGCAAAGUGUGCACGCGAUGUUAGACUGCCUGAGUAUUGCAGAGCGCAGCUGAAGCUAGUGCAGCAUAGUAUCACCCUUCUUUCAUAGUUUCCCCAAGCAAGAGCGCAGGCGUCAGGCUUCUUUGUAUUAUAGGAUGACUCAAGUUAUAAUUGUACAUAGCUAGCUCAUUUUUAUUAUUUUAUUUUUAUGUACAGCCAUGUAUAAUAUCCACACCGGUAAACUCUCAUGCAAGUUUUCUCCUUCACUGUAUUCUUUGUUGGUCAGUAUUUUCCUGACAUACAUGUACGUGUACUAGUAGAUGCAUCGUUGCUUUACCUCUGCACAUAGUGUAAAAACGUUUCCAUUUCUGUUCCA